AUGUCUACCGAUAAGAUCUCAGUUUUAUUAAACUGGCAUGCUACCCCUUACCAUCUUCCUAUCUUCUUAGCUCAAUCUAAAGGUUACUUUAAACGAGAAGGUGUUCAAGUCGCCAUCUUAGAACCAAAUGACCCUUCUGAUGUUACCGAACUCAUCGGAUCAGGAAAAGCUGAUCUUGGUUGUAAAGCCAUGAUUCACACUUUGGCUGGAAAGGCUAGAGGUUUUCCGAUCAAGAGUAUUGGAACUUUGAUGGAUGAACCAUUCACUGGUGUAAUCUACCUCGAAGGAUCUGGUAUUACCACUGACUUCAAGUCUUUGAAAGGUAAACGAAUUGGUUACGUUGGUGAAUUUGGUAAGAUUCAAAUUGAUGAACUUACAAAGUACUAUGGUAUGACCAAGGAUGAUUACACUGCAAUCCGUUGCGGAAUGAACGUUUCCAAGGGUAUCAUCGAAGGUACCAUUGAUGCCGGUAUCGGACUUGAGAACAUUCAACAAGUCGAACUUGAAGAAUGGUGCAAAGUUAAUGGCCGACCCGCUUCAGAUGUUAAGAUGUUACGAAUUGAUGAAUUGGCCGAAUUAGGUUGUUGUUGCUUCUGCUCCAUCCUUUACAUUGGAAACGAAGGUUGGCUAGCCGAGCACCCUAAGGAAGCUGCUGGCUUCAUGCGUGCUGUCAAGGCUGCUGCCGAUGACAUGUUCGCUGACCCUCGUGCCAGUUGGGCAGAGUACUGCAAGAUCAAGCCGGUUAUGAACAGCCCACUUAACCAAAUCAUGUUUGAUCGUAGCUUCAACUACAUGAGUCAAGACCUUGUCAACGUCUCUCGAGACUGGAACAAGGUUACAAAUUACUCUCGACGACUUGGGAUCGUGCCUGAUGACUUUGUCAGCAACUACACCAACGAAUUCGUUCAAUGGGCCGUUGCUGAUGAAGGUGAUGAUGCAGCUGGCUUAGCUAAACAAGCUGAGAUCUCUCGUCUUCAAGCUGAAGUAGCUGCUAAAGGUGGUGUUCUCCUUGGUCAAUCUUAA